CUUUGUCAGCAGCUCUAACAAAUGGGACUGACAGCCUGAGCAUAAGCAAAAGAAUGGCUGUUUCCUCUAGGAUAUUCUCUGCUUUUUGUCACCAGGUGUUUAAGGGUUUUGAACUUCAGAUUGCUGAUUAUAGAGUUGAAUGUAACCAUCAAAUACACUCAGAAGUCCUGACACUGGCAGAAGAGAUGGCCACCUUCUUUCACCCACUUCAAGCCAGGCUUUUCAACUUUCUGGGCCCUCCGAUUCCCACGGGGCCAGGUGGCGCCGGCCGGCCAACGUCUGACUCCAGCGCCUUCCCCGCCCGGUAGCCGCGCCGAGGGGCGGGGCCGAGCGGGCGGCCAGGAAAUGCCCUGGAGAGUGUGUCACCUGCCCCCGACGGCUUGUUGAUUCCCAGGAGCGCCGCCUUUUCGGUCUGGACCCCCGGCCCCGAGUGGGCUCUCCUGCUUACCUGUUCCCCAGGUGCGGGCCUGGGAACUGCUGAGACGCUCCCGGGACCACCGCCUGCCGCCCGCCCCCAACUUCUGAGCCAUGAGCAAGUUGGGCAAGUUCUUUAAAGGGGGAGGCUCUUCUAAGAGCCGCGCUGCCCCCAGCCCCCAGGAGGCCCUGGCCCGACUUCGGGAGACCGAGGAGAUGUUGAGCAAGAAACAGGAGUACCUGGAAAAUCGGAUCCAGAGAGAACUCUCCCUGGCCAAGAAGCACGGCACGCAGAACAAGCGAGCUGCCUUGCAGGCCCUAAAGAGAAAGAAGAGGUUUGAGAAGCAGCUCACUCAGAUUGAUGGCACGCUCUCCACCAUCGAAUUCCAGAGAGAAGCCUUGGAAAACUCACACACCAACACCGAGGUGUUAAGGAACAUGGGCUUUGCAGCAAGAGCAAUGAAAGCGGCCCACGAAAACAUGGAUCUGAACAAAAUAGAUGAUUUGAUGCAAGAGAUCACAGAGCAACAAGAUAUCGCCCACGAGAUCUCUGAAGCAUUUUCUCAACGGGUCGGAUUUGUUGAUGGUUUUGAUGAGGAUGAACUGUUGGCAGAACUUGAAGAAUUGGAGCAGGAGGAAUUAAAUAAGAAGAUGACAAAUAUCCGACUUCCAAAUGUGCCUUCCUCUUCUCUUCCGGCACAACCAGAAAGAAAGGCCAGCAGGGUUCCCGCUGCACAUCGAUCCCGAGCAGCUUCUUCCAGGAGGACAGGAGAAGAAGAUGAUGAUAUCAAACAGUUGGCAGCUUGGGCUACUUAAUCGAAAAUGGAGUUUUUUGACACCUGAAUUCAUGAGCUGUACAUAAGACAUGAAAACAUGCUUUUUUUCAAGUUCAGAAAUUAACAAAGACCCUGUCUUUAUUUAAUACUGGAUGAAUGCUUGUCUUUGAAGCCUCAUAAGUCAAUGUUAAAAAAGGAGUUGUAUGCAGACAUAGAUUCAAGGAUGGAAAAGGGCCUCCUGGCGGCGUCUUGGUGUGCGUGGUUGUCCACCUAACUGUUCUGACACCCUGGGUCCCUGAAUCCUGAUGAUAUAUAUGUCUGUCCAUCCUGAGUCCCUCCAUACUGAUGGGGCAGGGGCAUGGCUGUCUACCUUGUCUGCUACUCUGUUUCUGGUUCUGGUACAUAGUUGGUGCCCUGUGGUUCUGUUAAAAGAAAACUAAAUUCUCCUGCCAUAUAAGAUGUAAAACAGUGUAUAAGCCACUUAAGAGUGAUUAGGAUAGCUGGGGGAAAUACCUCUUUUUUCCAUGUGAAUGGGAGUUUGCUUGUAUGUAUGCAUGUUAGUCUGUACACAUAUCCAUGUAGUCCAUGGUAAAUGUAAAUAAACUGUGUUCCUCUUA